UAACAAACCAAACUUACCACAAUGGCUCCUAGUUGAUUGUUGCAUGCUGUGAAAAUGCCUGCUUUUUGUUUUGAUAUUUUUUUGUCUUAAAAUGACCAUUUUUCCUCUUCGAACACAGAGAAAACAAACAUGACUGAUCAGCUUCCAUAAAAACCAGGAAACUGAUGGCGAUACCAACUUUUUGUUUUUAUGCAGAACCUAAUUAAAAAGCUAAAACAUGAAGAUUACCGACAGCCUAUUAAGAAGUUUUAGGGUUGCAAGGACUUAUCAUGAAAACUCCCAUAAAGUGAACUGUGUGGAUUUCAGCUCUAAUGGAGAAAAUGCUGUUUCAAGCAGUGAUGACGACUGCAUUGUAUUAUAUGACAUGCGGGAAGGAAGACCUGCAGGGACCUUAUUCAGCAAGAAAUAUGGAGUAGACCUGAUACGCUAUACACAUGGAGAUGCAGAGACUGUGGUUUACAGCUCCAACAAAUUAGAUGAUACCAUCAGAUAUUUGUCCCUCACUGACAAUAAGUUCAUCAGAUAUUUCCCAGGUCACACUGCAAGGGUAAUCGCUCUCUCCAUGUCACCAGUGGAUGACACAUUUAUUUCAGGUUCACUGGACAAGACGAUCCGGAUCUGGGAUCUUCGUUCUCCAAACUGUCAAGGUCUGACGAAUCCUCUGGGGAAGCCUGUAUGCUCAUUUGAUCCAGAUGGGCUGAUAUUUGCUGCAGGUGUCGAAUCACAAGCCAUUAAGUUAUAUGACCUUCGUGCAUUUGACAAGGGUCCAUUUACCUCCUUUGAGACGAGGUUUAAUCGUGUCUGCGACUGGACUGGACUCAAAUUCAGCAACGAUGGGAAACAGAUUCUCAUCUCUACCAAUGGAGGGAUGAUUCGUGUUCUAAAUGCCUUCACUGGAGCAGUGAUGCACACUUUUUCUGGCUACAACAACAGCAAAGGCAUAUCCCUGGAGGCUUGCUUCACUCCUGACUCACAGUUUGUUAUGAUUGGCUCAGAGGACGGGAGAGUCCAUGUUUGGAGCACAGAGAGUGGAAUGAAGGUGGCUGUAUUGGAUGGGAAACACCCAGGACCCAUUAACACUCUGCAGUUCAACCCCCGAUACAUGACGUUCGCCAGCGCCUGCACUAACAUGACGUUUUGGCUUCCUUGUGUCGAUGACUAGUAGAGCGACACACCCGGUGUCCUUGUUUAAAAAAAAAAACGAAAUUAUCAUUGUGCAGUGAUGUGACAGACCAUCAUCUAUCAAACAUUUUCACCAAUGAUAAGAUCUUCAGUCAGACUUUCUAUCAUGUGGAUUAAUCUAUUUUGUUAAACUUUUAAACAAUAUUUUUCAAUCUUCAAAAGGUUCAGCACAGCUAUAACUUCCACAUACCUCAUGUUUUUAAUCUUUUUAUAUCAUAUUUACAUUUUUAUGCUGUUGUUUUAUAUGUUUUUAUGUAUUUGCCACUGCAGUUAUUGUACAUGUAAGAAUAAACCGAUUCAGGUGAAACUCA